CCGUCAACGACAAGACCUCUGGCUGGUUCUCAAGACGACACGCUAUGCAACCUUCAGUCGUGCCUAGUGACGACUCCAGUACUUCAAGCCUGAGUAGGAUCAUCGAACAUCAUGCACUUCAUUUCUUCCUCAGGAUGGGUGGCAAAUUUGACGACUGGGAGGAAGCUACGCGUCAAGGCAUGCGAGAUGACAUGCUCGAGCGGUGGCAGAGGAGUGAAUGGGGUGGCGGGCUGAAAAGACGUACAGUUGGCAGCACUGCUACCACGCAGUGGGUGGGCGGUUCAUUUGAAGUGGGCGAUGUCCUGGGAGUAAACAUACUAGAAGAUCCGCCUGCAGGCCCAUCAUUGGCAGACCCACCUCGGAGCUCAUCUUCGACCAGAGACACGCAUGCCGUCUCCCUCGUGCCUUCUACCGUUGGGGAAAGCUCUUUUGUCACUGCGAACUCUUCUCUUUCAAGCAUUGAAGGACACCCAGCCACUAAUGGAGAUGCUCUGCAGCCUGUGAACUCUAACACAGAGACGUCAGAAACGCGCGGCUUUAUGAAUGCCUCGCCCUCUCCUAACUUAACUGGCGCAAGCUACCACGCCGCAUCCACGGAAGCACUCAUUGUUCCUGAGAUGUCUUUGAAUCGCAACAAAUCUCGCAAGAACGUUCAUUAUGUCGAUGAACCGCCAACACCUCAGCUUCAGCUUACCUCAGAGGAGCCGGCAGCACCCAGUGAAGUGUUGAAUAGGUCCGGAGAUGAAGUGAACGAAACGAGUGCGGGAGCGACCGCUGAGGUGGACACCCCUCCUUUAAAUCGAGAGGGUAUCGUUUAUCGAGAUCGUAUGCUCGUUAGAGUAAGCUACACGAAGUCAGAGAAUCUCUCACGGACGUUCAAUGAACACGAGAAUCGAGUGACCAGUCACUUACGUUAUGAAGACUGGGCAGAGUUUCUCGUGGUAUGGAGGAAGGACAGAAUAGAACUAUACGAGGAUUACAGCAUGCCGGGGAAGGAAUGGGUCACUGGUCACAAACACUUGGCGUUUGUUAUCCCUUUGAGAUCUCGACGGACCCAAGUGUCCCUUUACUCGUUCACGGAUCUUUCAUUUUGCAUUCUUUGUCCUCCAACACCAGUCCACAAUGGCGAGACCAAAGCUCGACAAAUCUUUCAUCUGGCGAAGGUCGGGACAAACGUCUUUAUAUUCAAGACCAAAAGCCGGACAAGGGCGGUGGACUGGGUAUGGCACCUCUGGCAGAAGUUCGGUGGUGAAAUCCCAACUUCUCUCGAGAUACGAUGUCCGAAUAUCGACAGCCGAAUAAAACUGGCUGUCCCCGUGGGCGACACGACGGACCUCGAUAAGGCUUUCGCUAUGUUCAGCAAGUCGAAUAUCAUCAACCUCGUCCGAAACUCCCUUAAAGAAGUUUCGGGUUCCGCUGUAAUGAGCGAUUGGGAAGCAAUUAUAUCUCAGAAAGACGCGGUGGGAAAAUCAAUAGAGCUGGCAUGGCGCUCGGAGGCGAAACUCGAUUGGAUAUGGUGGGACAAGGAUGUGGAUGGCAAUUCGAGAGACUGGGCAAUGCUCUGCGGGAUGGCCUUAAAACAGGCAGGCAAACCUGCUCAGCUGGAACUUCGUCUACAAGAGCAUUUUCCGUCGACCCUUCACCUUUCAAAUGGUGUUAAGAUGCAAGAACCGCCCGGACUCGAGGGCUAUCUUAACCGGAUUAAACCUCGCACGCAAGUCAAGCAGGAGGUCUACGUGUCGACCCAUGAUGGAAAUCUGUUCUUCCUCGCGCCAGGUUCUGCAGGCCCACCAACGCCACCAAAUGUUCACCUCUCUAGCGGCGUGCUGCCUCCAGCGGAUGACAUUGUGCACUCUCUACGGAAUGAAGAAUCCCAUCGAGAAUCAAAGCAGGUUCAGACCGCUUAUGGGGUCAUAGACCUGCGGCACAUCCUACUCGUUCGCAGAGCGACAGAUCCGACACCCCAUAUUCAAGUUGAUGUAACCCAGCUCACGCAGGAGGCAGCGGAUUACAACAUGCAUCCGGAAUUCUCUCUGUUUGACCCGGAUGGUAGCGACAAUGAGGAUGAGGGUGGUGAAGCAGGACUAAGCAAUGCCACUAACAAGCCGGGGCUACGACUCAAGCGAUCUUUCGAGAUCAUCAUGGAAAGCGGAACCAUCGUUCGAUUUGAGGCCUAUUCCUGUAACGUAUGUCUCGAGUGGCUAAUGCGGCUCAGGUCGCUUGUGCUUUACUGGAAGCAACGGCAUCGCAUCGAUGCACACGACGAGAUGGAGGUGGCUUACUCGGCCAGCCGCCAGCUGCGAUUGACACCGCGCGUAACCAAGUGCCACCAGCAACACGGCUCAGAUCAUGCUCCUGAGCCGCUCACCGACCCCGAAGCACCUAUGCCCGCGCUUAGCUCGCUAUAUCACUGGUGUGUUCUGCUGGGAUGCAGACCAAUCAUAAAGAGCGGGAGAGCCUUUGUGCGGAAGGGCCUCCGUGGACAAUACAAGCUCGUCCAACUCUUCCUCGUCGCUGGUCAUCUGAUACAAUACCACGUCAGCCCCCGCAGUCCUCUACAUCACCGUCGCUCGAAGGAAAUAAGCCUAUUGGAUGCCUACGUCUGCUCGGGUUAUCUUGCAGCAUUGACUCUCCGGCGGGAAGAGUUCAGACCUGAUAACACUGCCAUAGCUAGGCAUUACAAUGACGGACUGGAGACCGAAGAUCCAGAAGAAGACACGCUCUUCAUUAUAUGGUACCGCAAGAAUAAAUCCCCACCCUCAUCCGCAAUGGGUCAAACGAACACCUCGAAUAUACCCUCUCUGUCGGCGAAGAAUCACAUCGCUGUUUUCCGAACCCGAAGUAAGAUAGAGCGCGACACCUGGUGCUGGGCGCUUAACCACGAGCUUGAUAAAAUGGCCAGGGACAAUGUAGACCGAGAGCGCCUGUUGAGGGGCAUGGGCAAGCUGAAGGAGAGCUGAGACAAGAUACCCAACACAUUUACCAGCUGCAUCUUUCUACUUCUAUUAUCGUUAUAAGUUUCUCAUUCAUCUUAGGAUUAUUCAAUUAGGAUUAUUCGAUCGCAUUUGCAAGGUUUGUUGCAUUUCACCGCAUCUAUACCCCUGCUUCGUACCCUACUACGAGACAAAUUACCAGUGCAUAAUGUUUAAUGGACAAUGUACAAAGC